AUGGCAAAUCUUAUCCGUGAAGGCGGAUUUUCCUAUUUCAUCGAGCACACUAUUAAUGAUCGAAGAUAUAUUCAUUGCACUUUAAGAUUAUCAAAACGAUGCCCAGCCCGUGGAAUUAAGGAAGGUAACAAUCCAGUCAUAUUAACUCGUCCACAUCGACACGCAGUCAAUGCAGUAUGUGAAGUUCAAGAAAGAUUCAAAUCACAACUAGUAGAAGCCGCAAGACGUUCUUUUAUACCAUUAAAUCAAAUAUACAGUGAAAUCGCAACUUUAUACCCUGUAAAUAUAAGCACUGCUGUUCCUUUCGGAAUUGUUGGGCGUCAUAUGAAUAUUGCGCGUAGUAGAUUUGUUCCUGCAAUUAUUAACACGUAUGAUCAAUUAAGACAUACACUAUAUGACCCAAACUUUCGUCUUCUGAGACGUUAUGCUGAUGACAGUAUGAUUGAAGUUGUAAUUGUCAAUAACGACGCCAUUAUUUUAGGUGAUCCUAGAUUUAUCACUUCUUUUGAAUUCGACACAAUUUUUAUCAGUACGACAACGACCGUGAUUCCAGUGAUAAAUAACACACGUCUAUUGACGUACGUUGCUGCUCAGUACAACAACAAUAUAUUUCCAAUAAUAACUAUUCUGUGGUCCGAAAGAAACCAAAUUACUUCUACAGACGUUUUUAACGAAAUCCGUCGGGUAUUUAUAACUGGUGAUUUAGCGGUGAUUUAUGCAGACUUCGAUUUAAGACUUUGUGCUCAAAAUGCUUUUCCAAAUGCACAAGUAAUUGCAACAUACGACAGCUUUUGUCGUAUUAUUCAUCAAAAUGCUCAAAAUUUGGAUAUUAACAUUGGGAACAUUUCGAAUCGCGAAUUUAUUCAACAAGUCAUGAACAUCAUACUUCUACCUGCAGACGAAAUAGACAAUGCUUUUCUUGAGUUAGUUAAUCAUUUACAUCCCGUGGUACGUGAUGAACUCAAUCGACUCAUCAAUUACAUCAACAAUGUGUGCACGCAAAAAAAAAAAUUCUCGACUGAAGAAAAUGUUAUGGAUUUAACAAGCUUAUUUAAUACUCCGAUGGGACUCACUAACGUGGGAAUUUUAUUAACUCGAGAUUUUCAGAAUCGUUUAGGUGCAAAUCCAACAAUUUGGGAGUUUUUGAAAAAAUACAUUCUGUAUAUCAAUGCAGCCAAAAGUGAUCUAAGAAAAUUACAAGAAAAUCCUGUAGCAGUCAUUACUCGAUUCCCUCGAGCUCAUCAUUUAUGCAUUGAAAAAUUAUUAUUAGUACGAUUAUGGAAAUUGUUGACACGUCAAGAAAUAACUGCUAAUGAAUUUUUAGAAAGAAUGAUACACCUACAACAAAACUACUUUAACGAUUUAAUACAUAACUCUGAAUUAUUAAUUGAUGAGCAAUUAGUUAUCAACGAAGUACAAAAUAAUGAAAAUCAAGAAGUUGGUGUUGGAAAUGAAAAUUUAGAAGUCGUAGCCGACGAACCUGGUCAAAACAAUUAUCGCCCGAUGAUUUGUCAACUCUGUAAUGAACAUCCAAUUGGAAUUGUUUGUGUACCCUGCUUACAUGUUCAGAUGUGCUCUGUGUGUUCUCAAUCCGCACAAGAUGCAGCAAAUGCUGAACAUCGAAGACUGCAGUGCCCUUUUUGCAAUCAGCGAGCAACGUUUCAUGAAGGGGAAUUCCGAGAAAAUCCCAAUGGCGAUGAAUUCCCAUUUAUGAUAUGCGAGAUAUGUAAUAUUAAUACUAUUAAUAUUAUUUGUAUCCCGUGUUUACAUAUUUGCGUCUGUCAAAUGUGUUCCAAUGAACGGACUGCUCGGGGAAAUAACAAUUGUCCGACUUGCGAUCAAGAUACAGAAUUUCGACGAGCAUAUUUUCCUUAAUUAAUAAUAUUACAUUAUGAAUAAGUUUUACUAUUAUACGACGUAUAAGUUAAUAAUUAAGUGAAAGUAAUCAUUUUAAAUAACAGUAUAAAUAGGGGUGUGCGAAUAUCGUUCGAAUCGAAUCGAAUCGAAUAUUAAUAUUCGAUUCGAAAUCCGAAUCGAAUAAUUCGAAUUUUCGAAUUAUUCGAAAGUUCCCGAAUAAUUCGAAAAAAUUCGAAUAAUUCGAAAGUUUACGAAUAAUUCGAAAAUUUUCGAAUAAUUUGCGAAUAGUUCGAACAAUUCGCGAAUUAUCGAAAUAUCACUGGAUUUUCUAUUGUUUCCAAUUUGAAUUCCAUUACAUCGUGUAUCAAAUACUCUAGUUACGAAUAGUAUACUUUUUGAUUAAAAAUCAAUUAU